CCUAAAUACUCUGCAUUUCUCCAGUAGUACUUGUAUUAUCAGUUCAUAGAAUAAGAAAAUCUUGUUCCAACUGCUCCCUUUUUUGAGUCAUAAUAAUAUGACAAGAAAAACAGUUGUUUUAAGGUCAGAAACUAGGAGUACCUAUCAAGUUAACCGUGUAAACUAUAGGGAGUGUCAAAGAAACCAUGCUGCAAACACUGGUGGGUAUGCAGUAGAUGGAUGCAGAGAGUUCAUAUCAGUUGGAGCUGAAGGAACUGAUCUCGCUCUCGUGUGCGCUACGUGUGGCUGUCAUCGCAACUUCCAUCGCAGAGAAGUGCAAUCUGAGCUUCAGUCUGAGUCUUCUCAUGCAUCUUCAUCUUGUGACACAAUUUGAGUGCACAAAUCUUAUCUUAUUGUUAUAAGAUGUAUGUAUCAUCUUCUAAGUUCCAAGUCCUAAGGUCUAUGACAGUUUUAUAUGUUCCAUACUCUAGUUCAAACUAUGAUCAUUUACAUGUCUGUGGGUGGACUGUGGAGUAUGUAAGUAGUAAGUUCUAAUGUCAGUAUUCCAGCAUGAAAAUCUAUAUAUAGAUCAA